UGCCCAAACUUAGUGUAUUGCACUAAAUUUUUUUUCCUCCCGUAGCAACCUAGCAAAGAUAUAAAAAAAAAGACCAGAACACGAGUCUCCCGAAAACCCACACGGCCACGCGACUCCAACAACCCAAGCGCAGGGGAGAAGCGAGAUGGGACUGGGGGAGUGUGCGGCCGCAACUGCGAUUGUCGGGCAGAUCAGUUUCUUCUUCGACUGGCUUAGCAUCGUCGGCUCCCACCUGCCCAUAAUUUCAUAUCACCUAACUAAAGACUGGGACAGUGUCCUCCAUGAUUGCUUUUCCCUGGCAUCGUUGUUUUGGGAUGCUGCUGACACGCUCAACAUGCUCUUCUAUCACAUGGUUUUUGUGAACACGUGUACAUCUGUGUGGCCAUAUUUCUACUGUCUGGCGCUAUUAUUAGCUUCAAAUCAUGUUUUUCAUCUUCAUAAGGGCAUGUUCUGUACCAUGAAAGACAUGUCUGACUUACUAAAAGGUGUGCCUCGUAACACUCAUCAGAAGCCUCGCCAAGGAAAUGCUAUGGAGGCAUUCUGCUUGGUUGGAUUACUAGCUGUAACUCUUGUGUGUGUGGUUGUCAUAACAUUUGGUCAGCAAUCAUACAAUUGGCCAUACAUUGAGGACAACCUGUUCAAAUUGAGCUGCUCUGUCAAGAUAGCAGUGGUCCUCUGGCCUGUGAUCGAUCGAUGUGGAAGUUUGAGAAUGACCCAAGAAAUGUUCUGUGGACAAAGAUGGCUGGUACAUUUGCAGCUACUCUUUGUUCAGGUUUUGAGAUAUUUUCAUGUUCCAAAGGAGGAAUGUGGUCUUACCAUGCGGGCCGCCGCUAUAUGGUUCUUAAUAUCAUGGGAGUGGCUACAGGCAUCGGUCAAAUUAUCUGCAGGAUAAUUGGACCCAAAAGGAUAAGGUUCUGGGUGAGAUAGUCUUUGUUGCAGCCCCUACUACACAUAAGUAAUUAGUUGAAAACCUAUUCCCACAGAUACUCGUUGAGCAAUUUUGUGACUGUAUGACACUUCAGUGUCCUCGAUAAUUGAGUGCCAGAUUACAUGCUCAUAUCAUUAGGACAGUAUGAUCUACAAACUAGAAGUAGCAUAUGUUUUGAUUUGUGAUGGUGGUCUAUCGCAUUAGGAGUACCGACUAGGAGUAUGGAUUUGGUGGUUUACCUCGCCAUAGAAGUCUUGCACACCUUUACUAGUAAUGCAAGUAAAUCAUCUGCUUGGUACUUCCUGCUAUGCUAUUUCUUUGUUCUUUUUCAUCAUGAAUAGUUUGAGUUUUGUUCACUAGCCAGGGAUUUUAAUGUGAUAUAUAGUACUUUGUAGAUGUUGCUAGUGAGGUUUUGUUCGAUUGUAUUUCCCAAACCAUGUUGAUAUCCAUUGGUACUAGCUAGAGGCAGUAUGGUAGUAUGCCCUUCUUUGCGUUCAUGUACUUACGUUGAAGGUCUCCUGGGCAAUUCAAUAGGAUCCUUUUUAUCGAACUAGUUAAAUGUACACGCACAUAUUUAAAAAUCAUUAAUCAUCAAAUUCAUUAUUGGACCACUCAUUCACUUUCAUAACAAGAGAGAGAGAGAGAGAGAGAAGAAAAUACCACUUUCUUGAUAGUGAGUAAUUGAAUCAUGCAAUAACUUUCUCAUCUCCAUCAUAUGGCAAUUUGCAAAACAUUAUAAAAGAGAGCAAUGGCUAGAGUUAUAAAAGAAAGAACAUUCAUAUUGAUGCACAAGUAAAAUUUGUGCAUUAAUGUUGUAGGCAAGGUUCUCGUGAUCUCAUCAACUCUAUAUAAUUUGGAAAGGAUGGAGUAUAUAAAACAAGGAGCUCACGGGGCGGUGAGGGGCAGAGCUCGCCGGCGGAGUUUAGGGCUCACGCGGCCGGGCGCAGGCGCGGGUAGAGCUCGCGCGGCGGCCAGGGGAAGAGCUCCCCACGUCUAGGGGCGGCGGCCAGCCACGGGAAGCUGCUCCCCCACGCCAGCCAACAACAGAGGAGCUCCGCGCGGCGUUCAUGGAGGGCAGCAGGCAUGUUUUUGGUGCAUUGUUGCAACUUGCAAGCGUAUGUUCCACAUGUUUAAUAUGUUUCAAAAGAAUAUUGCAAGUGUAUGUGGAUGUUGCAAAAGUAGAUUUAGAUGUUGGAAUGUUGCAUAUGCUUCAUAAACAUGUUGCAAGUGUUUAAUUCGGAUGUUAUAUUUUCACCGAGAUGUUUCAUGUGGAUUUUAAAUGUUCUAUUAAACAUGAAACGGAUGUUGUGACGGGGUU